AUGUCAGAAGAAAAGGGAGCUUAUUUGGUCUUUGACAAUGCAUCGAAUGGGACUUUAUUUAUUGUAUGGAAAAAAGAAAAAGUUGAAAAUGCUUUAAUGUUUAUAAAACCAACAAAAGAGGUUCCAGAAUUUAAAUUCGUGAAUAGAAAUGGAAAAAAUGAAUUAAUCAGAAAUUUACAGUCGGACAAAAAAUUAUUUUAUUCUGGAAUAUGCCAAUUUGUUAAAGAAGCAAAAGAUAUAAAAGGAAAAUUAACUUUAUUACAACAUUUUGAUUCUUCUUUUCCUAUAAAAGUGGAUUUGUAUUUUUUAAAAGGAAGCAAGGUCAUGCCACUUAAUACAGGAGAACCUUUUGUUGUUCAAGACAUUGAUGCUAUGAGUGUUUUACCAAAAGGAUCAAGUUCAUUAAAAGUAAAAACGAUGGCAAAGGAUAUGUUUGUUUCUAGAGGGAAUACAGAAGGAGCUAGUAUAUCCUUUUAA